CAGGGCCUCCGCUGCAAAACACAGCCAGGAGCAGCACUGAGUCGCACACAGACGGGGCUGUCGUGCACAAGUCAGCCAGCCACGCAAACAUUUCUUUGCUUAUGUUCGGUUUGGAUUCAUCUGCAAAAUAAUGACCAGCAACAAGAAGGCCAGACCAUUUGAGACGCCUUUAGAGACGCCAGCUGCUCCAGAGGACUUACAGGGAGAAAACACAAGGCCGGGACACGAAGAAGAGGAGAAACUUAUACUUACAGCCUGGCAAAGUAUGUCUUCAGCUUUGCAGCAGCAUAGUCUGUGUGAGUGCUCCAGAGUUGCAGGCCCGGCUCAGUCUUUCCUAUCCAAGCAGAGACAGUCAACACAGGCCAGGAGGGCGCUCUCUUACCGGCUGCAGCCCAGGUAGGGGUCUCC